AUGGCCGGCACCGGGGAGCUGGAGCGGUGGGUCAAUAAAGCCACUGACCCAAGUAUCCCCGAGGAAAACUGGGAAUGCAUCCAGCAGUUCUGCGACCAGGUGAACACCGACGCAGAAGGCCCAUCUCUUGCACCGAGGCUGCUGGCACAUAAAAUACAGUCACCUCAGGAGGUGGAAGCUCUCCAUGCUCUCACAGUGCUGGAGACCUGCGUGAAUAACUGCGGUGAGAGAUUUCACAGUGAGAUCGCGAAAUUCAGGUUUCUGAACGAGCUGGUUAAAGUGCUUUCCCCAAAGUACUACGGGGCCUGGUCUUCAGAAAAAGUCAAGUCAAGAGUCACAGAAGUGAUAUUCAGUUGGACUGUCUGGUUUCCUCAGGAAGUUAAAAUCCGGGAUGCUUAUCAGAUGCUGAAGAAACAAGGGAUUGUAAAAGAAGACCCCAAAGUGCCAGAAGACAAAAUUUUACCUCCCCCUUCUCCGAGACCUCGAGAUUCGAUUUUUGACACAGAUGAAGAGAAAUCACAGCUUUUAGCAAGGCUUUUGAAGAGCAGCCGCCCCGAAGACCUGCAGGCUGCCAACCGCCUCAUCAAGAGCAUGAUCAAAGAGGAACAAGAGAAGUCAGCUAAGGUGUCCAGAAGAGUGGCUACAAUCAGUGAGGUUUCUGGGAACAUUAAGCAGAUGGAUGAAUUACUGGGAGACUGCAAGAGACAAGAAUUAUCCCAGUCCGACCAGGAGACUCUACAGACCCUGUUCCAACGUGGUGAGAAGCUCAGGCCGCUGCUCUUCCGCCUUGCCAGCGAGACCGUUGAUGAUGACGAGGCUCUGGCUGAGAUACUGGAGGCCAACGACAGGCUCACGCGGGCGCUCGGGCAGUGCAGGCAGGUCGUAGCCAGCUGUGAAAGUGGUGGUGGAGGGUGUUCAGCCACCGGCUCUGCUGAUACAGCAGCGUGCCCGACAGCCCCAAGGCGUAUGAAGAGCUAUACGUUGAUUGACUUCUCCGAGCUGGAGGCGACACCCCAGCCUUGCACAGACGAAUCUGGGGACAUAACCACCACCUCUCGGCACAGCAGCACGAGCUCCAGCUGUCUGCUCGACGAGGAGUUAAGGUCCUUAGGUCUCAGCGACCCUGCCAUUGUACUGAAGCCACCCCCCGAUUUUAGCUUCGCAGAGCUUGAUGUGCACAACGGAUACGGUGAAAUCAUAAGCGCUUUCCAGGGACUGCAGGAGGGCUGGGAAGACAGCUGCUCAGAGAAGAAUGGCACUCAGGUCCUGGUUGAUCAGCCCCCUGCACCACCCAGGACCAGCACAUUAUCCCUGGAUUUAUCACCAAUGAAGCCACCCUCUCCAGAUCUUCCAGACAGCUCAGUGGCAGACACUCCACUCUGCAGCCUAGGCCGCGAGCCGAUGCUUGCUCACUUGUUGCUUCCAGCUUCCCACGAUGCUUCUCUAGAAAACCUUUUUGUCCCUUUAACUUCAAUUACGCUGAGCAGCAUCUGUCCACUUACAGUGUACGAUAGGAAUGGUUUCAAGGCUAUGCUCCACUUCUCCAGAGACCCGGCUCCUGGCCGAGCAGAUGUGCUGGUGAUGGUUCUUUCCAUGCUGAGCACAUCAGCUCAGCCCAUUAAGGACAUAGCGUUCCAGGCUGCAGUCCCAAAGACCAUGAAAAUAAAGUUACAACCCGCAUCCGGCGCCGAGCUGCCCGCCUUCAGCCCUCUCUUGCCCCCCGCGGUGGUGUCCCAGGUCCUGCUGCUUGCCAACCCGCACAGGGGUCGCAUCCGAUUGAGGUACAAACUAGCGUUCACGCAGGGCGUGCAGCCCUCCAGCGAGGUGGGAGAGGUGACCGGCUUCCCAGAAGCAGAGCUCUGGGGCAAGAACAUGUGGAAUGGCGAGAGUUGGUCUGUCUGGACUCUGGUGGAUGUGGCUUACAGGAAAG